GGCAGUGGAGAAAAUUAUUACAUAAAACCACACCCCAGACAAAUAUCUGUCUCUUGACUGGAGUCAACAUGAUUACUAUUGGGCUGCUGGAUAGACGUUUUCCUCUAUAGCAACCUCUUUAUGGACUAAAAUGGGGCAGUUAUGCAAACUUGUACUGUUCGUUAUGGUUUUGAUGGCAGUGCUACACAAUUCAUCAGGAGGAAAGAAAUUGCUUUGGAGCAAGAACACCCCUUCCAAGAAGCCAUCCGAUAAGCCAUCACAAGGGACCAAGACACAACUAAACUAUCCCAGGAAACCCUCUUAUCCUGGUGCAGGAAUUAAGCCAGGCAACCCUAGACAGCAAUAUCCUGGUAGAGGCAGCUCUAGUCCGGGAGCAGGCAGCUAUCCAGCUGGUGGCAGCAAUCCUUCGGCUGGUGGCAACCCAAAUCAGUAUCCUGGAAGAGGGGGAUCCAACCCAGGAGGAUAUCCCAACCAGAAUCCUGGAGCAGGUGCCUAUCCAGCUGGUGGCAGCUACCCUUCGGCUGGUGGCAACCCCAAUCAGAAUCCGGGAAGAGGGGGAUCCAACCCAGCAGUAUAUCCCAACCAGAAUCCUGGAGCAGGUGCCUAUCCAGCUGGUGGCAGCUAUCCUUUGGCUGGUGGCAACCCCAAUCAGUAUCCAGGAAGAGGGGGAUCCAACCCAGCAGGAUAUCCCAACCAGAAUCCUGGAGCAGGUAGUUAUCCUGCUGGUGGCAGCAAUCCUUCGGCUGGUGGCAACCCCAAUCAGUAUCCGGGAAGAGGGGGAUCCAACCCAGGAGGAUAUCCCAACCAGAAUCCUGGAGCAGGUAGUUAUCCAGCUGGUGGAACCUAUCCUUCAGCUGGUGGCAACCCCAAUCAGUAUCCAGGAAGAGGGGGAUCCAACCCUGGAGGAUAUCCCAUCCAGAAUCCUGGAGCAGGUAGUUAUCUUGCUGGUGGCAGCAAUCCUUCGACUGGUGGCAACCCCAAUCAGUAUCCGGGAAGAGGGGGAUCCAACCCAGGAGGAUAUCCCAACCAGAAUCCUGGAGCAGGUAGUUAUCCUGCUGGUGGCAGCUAUCCUUCGGCUGGUGGCAACCCUAAUCAGUAUCCGGGAAGAGGGGGAUCCAACCCAGGAGGAUAUCCCAACCAGAAUCCUGGAGCAGUUAGCUAUCCUGCUGGUGGCAGCUAUCCUUCGGCUGGUGGCAACCCUAAUCAGUAUCCGGGAAGAGGGGGAUCCAACAAAGGAGGAUAUCCCAACCAGAAUCCUGCAGGAGGGGGUUACUCUAACCAGUAUCCAGGUAGAAGUGGGUACAGCCCUGGUGGGCAUCCAGCAGGUGGAUCUUACCCAGUAAGAACUGCAGGACAGCCUGUAGGAUACCCAGGAGGACACCCUUCCAUUGGAGGGGUAUAUCCCAACUGGAACCCCAACAAUAAGAUUCUAAAUCCACGCUAUGGAGGCUCAUUUGGAGGUGGUAGAUUUGACAAUGGUGGCUCCCCUUUCUCCAAUACAGCGAAAAGCAUGGGCUAUGGUCCUUCUCUUAAAUCCAAAGGCUUCGCAAAAAAGGCAAUACUAGCCACAGGCGUUGGGGCAAUGGCAGGAAUGGCUGUAGGCUAUGGAAUUGGAAACUUUCCACGCCCCAACUUCAAAUUCAAAAGCCCUCAUGAGGAGCGUCAAUACAACCACUAUAUGUACGAACGUCAGGGCAUUCAUUCUAAAGGCAGAAAUAACCAAGUAGGAACAAACUACACAUCAAAGCAACCACCCCAAUCAUAUGAGCAAUCCAUGAACACAUGCAUGAAGCGAAAUGAUCUUCUUAAAGAGCAGGACACAACUUCUGCGGAUCACAAGAACAUUCAAAGAGAUGAGCCACUGACUGAUUAUGCAGCUAUCAAUAUAGACUACUUAGAGAAAGGUGGGCUGGAGAAGAAUGACACCACAUCCCCUACAACUGUCAAUAAUUAUCCAAAGGCUGCUGUGAUUCGUGAGAAUGAUGAUGACACAGUGAGUAUCAUACAGAUUGGUUAUCCAGCUCUCAUUGAGCAGAUGAAAGCUCGAAAGUGUGUUGAGUUGUACUUGGAUUACUCUGAGAGCUUAAUGGAGAGGCAGAAAGACAAGAAGGACACAAAUGAAAGGAAAGUUUCCAGUCCUUCCAAUAACCAUAAUGGACACUGUGUCUCUGAAGUGCUUCUGAUACUCACUACUUUCUUUAUGCUUUUUAGUAGCACUUAGUAGUGCUGCCAACAUUGACUAUAUACAAAGGAAUACAAUUGCCCAUCCUUUCUAAAUCUAGGAAUCCAAAGGUGAAGUUACAUUUUAAAUGUUGUGUAUCAGUCUUGACUGAAGUUUCUCUUAUCUGCUAAAAAUGUAAAAGAAUAUAUAUAAAUAAAGAAAUUCCCUCACUGGCUAUUUAAACAUACAGUACAAGGCAAAUGUAUUGCAUGCAUUUUAUGAAUGUAUUUUGUUAAAUUACAAAACUAUUGUUAUUAUUAUUCCUGGGAAAUA